UGCACCAGGUUUUGCUUGAAUCAGUUCACGCACACACACACGCACACAGGUGCUGCUGUCUGACUCAUCCAACCAGAAUGCACUUUCCUUUCCGCAAACGCUCCUCCGUGCCAAGGUCUCGAGGGAACUCUAAUGUCUCCUGCUGUCCAGUGGUUGCGGGUUCUGCUGUACUUUACUGCGAAACAUGCGAUCAGCCACUCAGCAGCCGCUGCGUCAUUAAUGGCACACACCGAGAUCACCGCCUGAAGGAUCUAAAGGAUGCCGUGCAUGAUCAAGUGGAAAAAGUAGAAAAGCUUUCCAAGGACCUGACAGAGAAGGAAAAGAAGUUUGGCAACUUCAUACCAAAGAUUGACGCAGCAGAGCGCAAGCUCGAGGAGAUGUGCAAACAAACAGAGGAGCUUCUUCAGAAGGAGUACAGUGCCCUGAUGGCUUUGAUCGAGCAUAAUCAGCAGCAGGCUUUGUUCAUCCUGAAUGCACAGAAGGAAACCAUAAAGCGGCAAUUACAUCAGCUGCUGGAGGACACACAUAACAACAAGACCAAGUCCACAGCCAUAAUCGAGAACGUAAAACAGCUCAGCAGCAAAGAAGAGAGCGAGAACCCAGCCAGCCUGCUGGGGGAGAUCAGUGCACUUGAGACCAGCCUGUAUACGAUGAAAGAGUUUUACUCCUCUGUGGACAAGAAGCUGGAAGUUGAUGACACAAAACUGAAAGCUCUGGAAAACUCCAUCAAGAAAAUUGUGGAAAGAAACAAAGAGCUUCUGCCAAGGCCAUGGGAAUUCUCAGAGACCAUCACUUUGGAUGAGAGUAAAAAGCCAGAGAAUGUCCAGAUCUCGGAGGACAAGACAGAGAUAUCAGUGAACCCUUCAAGCAAUAUCGGCCUUAGUAGGCAAUCCCCAUGGAACAGCAUGCAGGCAUCUCAGACAUUCGAUAAAGGCCUGCAUUACUGGGAGGUGGCUGUAGGAGACUGUGAGAGCUGGGCAGUGGGAGUGGUGGAACAAAGCCGGGCUAAACGCAUCCAAAUUCAAGCUAAGGACGAGAAAAUGAAUUCAUGGAUUCUGGAGUGUGAUGGUGGUGAGCUCUCAGUGCUGCACAACAACGACUUCAGCAGGGUCAAGGAGAGCAACAUUCAAACCCUCGGUGUAUUUUUGGACUGCGAUAAAGGGCGACUGAAGUUCUACAAUGUCAAUACAGGCUUCGUUCUGCACUCAUUUUUUGUUCAAUUCAAGGGCUCCAUGUGUCCCGUUUUCAAAAUCCGUGCAGAGACAGACAAAAUGGCACACCUGAAGAUCUGCAACCUGAUUCACAUCGAUGAGCAUUAUGACAACAACAACAUCUCCAUGCCCUCAGAGAUGUCAUCUGAGGAGAACAUGGAGUCAGCUUCUCACAUCUCAAAUUAGGACAUGAUUUCAAAAAUGUGUGUAAAUAAUAAAUUACAAUAAAUAAUUAUAAAUUAUAAAUAUUUAUUUUAAGGACUAUCUAUUAAAAGUGCAUUACUUUUACUGCAGUGUUUAAUGAUGAUUAAUGAAGAUGUGUUACAUACACACAGCUGGGCUGUAACUGUGCAAUAAAUAAUUUGUCAUGUGAAAUGCAUAUGUAAAUCCUGUUCUACAGUCAUAAAUAAUACAAUGAUAAUGAGAAUACAAUGACAAAUUAUAAAUAUUUAUUUUAAGGACUGUCUAUUUAAAAUGUGCUACUUUGACUGCAGAAGAUUAAUGAAGAUUCAUGAAAAUGUGUUUCAUACACACAGCUUAGCUAUAACUACGCAAUAAAUAACUGCAUACGUAAAUCCUGUUUUUGUAUGGACCACUGUAAAAAUGUUGAUGUUUUAUUAAAUGUUUGAAUGAUAUCACAA